AUGGGAAUGCAUGAAUAGCUUUAGAAACUUUAGCUUGAAAGAAAGUUACUUUUACUGGCUGGAGGGGCGGCAAUCCUCCUGUAAAUACCCACCUCUUUUCACGUAAUAGACACAGGUUUUGCAGAGAAUUGCUCAGAUCUCUCUUCUGGAACCUUCUUUUUUCUCAGAGAGGCCAUCUGCCAUGUCCACAACUGCAAGGAGGAGGCUGAUGAGAGACGUCCAGCUGCUCCAAACGGAUCCAUCUGCAGGUGUUAGUGGGGGCCCUCAAGACAACAACAUCAUGCUCUGGAAUGCGGUCAUUUUAGGGCCUCAUGAUACACCGUGGAAUGGAGGUACGUUCAAGUUGACUCUGCAAUUUACUGAGGAUUAUCCACAUGAACCCCCAGCAGUUCGGUUUGUCUCGCGGAUGUUUCAUCCAAAUAUCCAUGCAGACGGAAGCAUUUGCUUAGAUAUUUUACAAAAUCAAUGGAGUCCUGUAUACAGUGUUGCUGCUGUUCUGACAUCGAUCCAGUCACUGCUUGGUGAUCCAAAUCCAUACUCUCCUGCAAACUGGGAAGCGGCUCACAUGUUUGCUGAGAACAGGCCAGAAUAUAACCGAAGAGUGCGUGAGAUAGUGGAGCAGAGCUCUACUGCUGACUAAGUGCUAAAUGAAAUCACCAGGAUGAUUUGAUUUCUGGCUUCUGGAUUGUGUAGUUUGGAUCUUUAGCCCUGCAAAUGUUACCACGUUUCGAACUUGGUGACGGUACCGAGAGAAUGAUGGUUUGUAUCAAGUAAAAGGCAGAUGAUUUGUAUCUUUUUUCUUUUGCACUGAAAGGUAUCCUAUUAAGAGUAAUGUUAUGUGUGUGUGUUUGUGAAUGCACAAUUAGGUAUAUAAAUGAUAUAUUAUUAUA